AUGUGUGAGUUUUACAAGUGUACUGUGUCCUUCUUGGACUUUGUGUUUUCCCCUGGGGUGAUCCAAAUGGACCCUGACAAGGUUAAGGCAGUCAUUGAGUGGCCUGUUCCCUCUUCCCAUAAGGAACUGCAGCACUUUUUGGGGUUUGCUAAUUUCUAUCGAAGGUUUAUCAGGAACUAUAACGCCAUCACCACUCCCCUGACUGAACUCACAUCCUCUAAACACCCCUUCUCGUGGACUGGCUAUGCUGAGAGAGCCUUCCCUUUUCUUAAGAGCAGAUUCACCAUAGCACCAGUUCUUAUCAUCCCUGACCCUGCCAUUAAGUUCAUCCUCAAAGUGGAUGCCUCUGACACACCUCUGGGCAUCAAAGCUGGACUAUCCCAGAGGUCAGCCAGGGAUAACAAGACCAAGUUCUAA